CUCCAGUGUACUCCCAGCUUCAUAUUUUUUUAUACUUUUUUUUCACACCAGCAUACCCCACAUUUUUAGAAUGCCAGAGCAGGCGACGUUUGUUGCGCUUGACAAUGUCGUAAAUGGAUGGCGACAGCGCGUGCUAUUUACCCUCGACACCACUAUAUGGGGUCGUAUCUGGGAGGUAGUGGACUUUGUGCUGAACUUGGGCCUAUGUGUGAUCUACAUUAUUAACACGACAGUGGUUGAUCCAAAGACCCACGAGCCGCUUCCAAUCCCCACAGCAAACCGGCAGAUAGAAUUUGUAUUGGCAGUGGCACUUUUGAGCCAGUAUAUUACACGGUUCGUAAUCAUCAAUGCAAAUCCGCGACCUCUAGAGCAUGGCGUUCUUUUCAUGGCAGUCAUAGCACCGAUGGUUGCUUACGUGCUUGGCGAGCACAAUGCAAAAGUCCGCAGCAGCUACCUGAGUGCGGGUGUGCUGGCCAUUUUCUACCCAGCCCGGUUUCUGAGGAUGCUAUACGCGGUAAAUCGGAUUUUGGCGUCCGCGGCAGCGUCAGAAGGUAGAUUCCGCCUGACACUGAUCAAGCAGGAGGCGUCGUCACUUGCAUCUGAUAUUGCCGUGGUCAUCAUGGGGUUUGCAAGCCUAGUGCAUUCUGGCAUCUACUGGUACAGCCAAACAAACAACAUCGACUUUACCGGAUUCACAUAUCUAGACGCGAUAUACUUUGUAUCAAAAAACAAGCUUCCAUUAGUGAGUGCCACAAGCCCAAGCACGAACAUCCCGCAGAGCACGUUCUCUGAAAUAAUUUCGAUCGUGAUCGUCGCACUGGUCGCCUUCACAGUACCGCCCCGGAUCUCAAAGCUGAUCGACUUGACGAUAAAGACAUCAGCAUAUGCAAAGACCGUAUCUCUGCCCAAGGCUACACGACACGCGCUAGUGUGUGGACAUAUUGGCGUGGACUCGGUGCAGCUGUUUCUGCACGAGUUUUUCAAUGCCGACCAUGGCCCUAACAUCUUCCGCACAACAAUCGUUAUUCUGCAUCCUGACGAGCCGGACAUGGAAAUGAAAGCACUGCUGUGCGAUCCGGCAUUUGCAAACCGCGUUUUCUAUGUCAAAGGCAGAGCCACCGGCCUCAAGGCACUGCAGCGUGCACGCAUUGAUUUGGCUACCUGCGUGUAUAUCCUGGCUGAAAAACACUGCCACGGCACCGGUGUUGAGGAGGAUGCCGAACUGGUUCUGAUCGCAUUGGCGCUCAGUGCAUUCAGAAGUCGAGUGGUCUACAAGCCCGUCGAUGAGAUGCUAGCCCACGCGCAGCCCAAGUUCAGCGUGUAUGCGCAGACAAUACUGCCAGGUAGUAUUGCGCACAUGAUGUACCUGCAGACAACGCGUGUUGUCUCUGUCGACGAGAUGCGUAUGGGCAUAAUGGCACAGAACAGUGCAACGCCGGGAUUUGCAACCCUGGUAUUCAUGCUCUCCAAGUCGAUGGGCAACGAGCCCGAAUGGGACUUUUCUGGCGUGCUAGCAGAGGCAAUUGCAGAGUCAUCUGAUGAGGGGUGGGUCAAGAACUACAUUCACGGAUUUGGGCUCGAGAUCUACCAGGCUAAGGCUCCUGGGUCGCUGCUGGGGAAGUCGUUUUUCAAGGUAGCACGCUACUUUUACCGCUGUCAUGGGCUGUUGGUAUUCGGAGUUGGCGCAUUCUCACCUACUCGCUCGCCACAGGUCCAUACUCCACACCAUCCAUCGAUUGACAACGACAUGGGGCACUACCAGGUCUUGCUUGCACCACGAAACUACAUACUGCGCAAGUAUGAUAUACUGUUUGCGAUCUCAACUGACGUGCAGUCUGUUGUUGAUGCCAUGGUGUUUGCCGAACGUGUCACCAUCAGGACUAGCAAGGCACAGCAAAGGACAUUGCCGCCAGACGUGCCGGAUCCCGUACCACUUUCGCCAAUCUCUAUUUCAUCGACACGAUCGCGAAUGCCGUUCUUUGGAUUCUUGACUCCGGCGUCGCCAAUGUCCCCAGCAAGAAAGCUGAUGGAUUUCGAGGAGCCCACCACGCCAGUGCAGAUCGGGAGUCCGCGGCGUGUGAUCGUGCGUUCGAAUGGCAGUGUUAAGCGGGCACGAGGCACCAACUACAUUAGCGAUGGUGACAGCGAGUACUUUUCGCCCAGUCGCACUGUGGCAGAUCCCCAUCCGCGGGAAAAGAGCUAUCCAGAAUUCACCCCAUACAAAGGCCUAGUCGGGUCCCGUGCGGAGCGCAUCGUGAGACGGUCAGAUCCCGUACCAUCGGAGAUCCAGGGGCACAUUGUCAUAUGUGAUGCCAGCAACAUGUUCCCGCGAAACAUCGAGCUGCUGGUGCAGUCGCUGAAGCAGGCUUUCGAAGAUGACGAGCUACCAAUUGUCAUUCUGUCGUCUGCCAAAAUGGAUCGUAUGGUGGAGCUGGUGCUGGAUGACUUGGCGAACGUCUAUAUAGUGCGUGGCACACCGCUGUCACAGGCCGACUUGCGGCGCACCCAUAUCGAGCAGGCUCAGAAGGCAAUCGUGCUGGGGGGUUGUGGCGGGCGAACUGAUAAAGAUAUUGGUGACUCGAGCAAUGAUUCAGCAGCGAUACUGGCCAACAUGAACAUCCAGUCUGUCUGUGGCGGUCAAUUCUUUGUGACCACCGAGUUACUGGAUAUCGAAAGUAUUAGGUAUCUCGACCAUACUCAGCUGUUAGGAGAGCCAUUUCUCAAGCGUACGUUCAUGGGCGGCCACAUUUUCAUGCCAGCGCUUAUCGACACUGCGCUGUGCCAGUGUUACUUUAGCUCACAUAUUCUGGAUGUGCUGCGACAAAUGACGUUCAGCCAUGCCGACGCAGGACCACUGCGCACAUUCAAACCUGGUCGCCUGAGCUUGCUGUACAUCCCUGACCGCUUCAUUGGUAAGCGCUAUGACACGCUUGUGUUGACACUGAUGAAGCGUCACGGUGCCAUACCUUUGGGCAUUUACCGCAUAGUAUCGCAACGUGGUCAGGCAUUCGCUUGCGUCUUAUGUAACCCGGCUCCCUACAUGCCAUUGCUAAGUUCUGACGCUGUAUAUGUACUAGCACCGAUCAUCCCUGGAUGGAAGCACGUAACUGAGGGGCUACGAAACCUUCGCAUCGAGCCUCAUAGUGGCAUAUCGGGCUCUACCGGCCAGUCGAAUUCGCCAACAUCGGCAGGGACAGACAAGAAUGGCAAAGGAUCCGGCACCAACCAAUCUCGGCAUACAGUGUACUUUCAUGACACGAUGGACCAUUCGAAUGAGGAAGUGGACCACGGUGCCAUCGCCGACGUCGAAGUGAGUGAUGAUGCCAAUCGAAACACUGGAACUGCCAUUCCCACUCGCCCUGCAUCCAAAAUGGCAUAGAUGCGAUGCUCUAGAUUCAUUAGCAAUAGAAACACAUAGGUGCACAAAUCACAGCUAGAUGCUGCGCAUAUACUCAAAAG